UCAGCGAGAGACGCUAGGGAGAGAGCAGGGAUUGCGAGCCCGGCGGAUGCGGCAGCGGCGGAGGGCGGCUGGGGAGACGCUACUCCAACUGUUGAAUUGAAUUUUCACCUUUUCCUUUCCUCGCGGCUUUGCUGGCGGAGAUGGAUUUAUUUGCUUUGAAAUCCGCGCAUCUUCCUCAGACUGUGGGGUGAUCCUGACAGGAACCAGAUUGAAAGGGACCACCCGUGACAGAAAAGAAGGAAUUAAAGAGAGAGAGAGAGAAAAAAAAAAAACUCCACAACAGACUGCACAAUUAACUGUACACUACCGAUGCUGGACUUUGUGAAUAGAGAACAUUGAGAGGAAAGAACCUCGAACUGGGAUGUGAGGCUAAACUGGGAACAAUUACUGGAAACCUGAUUUUUGUUAUUUUUUCCAGGACUCUGAGAGAUUUGGGGGUGCCUCACGCCUCACCAAGACGAAAGGUUUUUCAAAAUAAAUAAAUCAAUAAAUACACCUAGCAAAGCAGACGCCUGUUUUUCCAGAGCCUCGGACUCCGGCAGAAAGAGGUAGAGUAAAAAGUGCUGCUGGAUUCAGCUUCACCUUCCUCCUUCCCUCCCUCUCUCUCGCUUUUUAUCUUUUUUUUUCCUCCCCAAACAUGAAUCUGGUUUUCCUUUCCAUAGAGUGAGUCAGAGAAAGCGUUAGGAAGAAGCCGCAACUAAUAUCUGUGAAGGGAGGACCAUGAGGCGAGAGUGAAUACGAUUCGUUCCGCUGCUUCUGACUCAUCCGGCAGAUCGGAACACCUGCAUUUCUGGAUGUGUCAUUCCCGUAUGUCCAGGCGUCUCGGGAGCCCGAAAUAAUGUGCAGACAGACCUGCGCCUAACAUCCCCUCGGAGGUAUAUCCCCGGGGAGGACGCCCCGGGGCCGAACCGCCACGGCCACAUCUCCUCGCCCCCUGCCCUCCCCGAGUCGCCCAGAGAGACUGUGCGAGAGCGAGACUGCAGAAUGCAUCACGCCAAACCUUGAUAUGUUUCUUUCAUCCAGCCCACUCCUCCUACUAUAAAAAAAAAAAAAAUUGAAGGGGGAAGAAAAAAAAAACCCGCACUUUAUUUGCUUCAAAUAUUCACCACUUUUAUUCCUCGCCAAGGUUUUCCUUUCUAGAUGAAGAGGACUGGGAGGCAGGGCUAUUGGAAGGAGAUGAUGAAUAGAAAGAAAAGAGAGGCACUUGACAGCCCAGCCCAGUGAAUGCAGAGACUGUUUCCCUUCUAGCGAGAGACAGGGAGAGUGUGUGUGCGAAGACUGUGGGGUGGCUCCCCCUUCCUUUUUAUUCCGCCUUCCCCUCCCCCUUCAGAUCUGCACGUCCAACCAUGAGUUGCCUGUUGAUUUCCUUUCGCCUGGGAAGAAAAGCAAACUGGAAUUAAACUGCAUGGAGAGAAGUCCUUGCUCACGGGGAGGGGAUGGGAUGGUAGCGGUGGCUACUGGUUUGGCGUAGAGAAAUCGCAGUGUGUUCUACGAAUAGAGGCGAAGAUAUAUCUAUGUAUUUCCCCCCUCCCAAUAGACUCACACAGCAAAUGCUGAUCAGGCUGUGGCUUUCUUGAUUUCGGGGGAGAGCCUUUUCCGAGGAAGAGAGGGAGGAGCCUGGUGGGGAGAGGAAACUACAAAUCGGGACACUAGUUCUUUACGCUGCAUUUCCUCCCUCCCUUUGGCUGCUCGGAAAGGAGAGAGAGAGAGAAAAUACGUUUGGCUGGUAGAUGCAGUCCGCCGCCGCCGCUGCCUCAGCCAGCAAUGCAAGAUUAGAUCUCUAAAUGCAGCAAAACACUGCCUGAAAACAGACUAGCCCGCGCGGCAAGCAGACAUUUCACGGGGUGCCGAGGAAGCUUCAAAAUAUAUGUGACUCUCUUUUCAUUGCUCUUCACCCCCAUCAAUUUCAUCACGGAAGAAGAGUAGCAAGUAAGGAUUUCACUUUCGGAUCUGCCUGGAGACACACCUCCCCGCACCCUCCCCCACUCGAUGUGAAGAGUAUUCCGGAGGCUCCGGGCGGGAGUGGAUUUGCAGCACCCUAGCGGGAGUGAGGAAAACCUACCGAUUCUUUAGCUCAUUAUCAUCCCUCCCAGACGUGAUUUCCUUCUUAUCGCCAGUCUCAUCACUCAAGUUUGAGCCUCCUCAAGUCCAGGCGAGAGACACAAAACCGCGGGCUCGCCCCCAGCCGCAGGGAGCCGCCGCCUUGCUCCGAGCCCCUGCAGCUCCGCUGCACCUCAUCUCGUCGCCCAGUGCGGAGGCUGUAGAUCAACAGGUUCGGGGAACUUGAGCGGAAUAAAGAGAGACUGCCUGGUGCCGCAGCCCGAGUGCGGAGGGAAGGAAGGACCCACAGACUUGUGUCUCGCAUCUUGCGCGCACGCUGCGCCGGGGCCCCAGGCUGGCGCGCACUCACUCGCUCGCCGCUCCAGUCCGGCUGCUCCUGCCCCCACCCCACCGAUCGGGGAUGUACCUUUCCAUCUGUUGCUGCUUUCUUCUCUGGGCCCCUGCCCUGACUCUCAAAAACCUCAACUACUCCGUGCCGGAGGAGCAAGGGGCCGGCACGGUGAUCGGUAACAUUGGCAAGGAUGCUCGACUGCAGCCAGGGCUUCCGCCUGCUGAGCGGGGCGGCGGCGGGCGCAGCAAGUCGGGUAGCUACCGGGUGCUGGAGAAUUCGGCGCCGCACCUGCUGGACGUGGACGCAGACAGCGGGCUCCUCUACACCAAGCAGCGCAUCGACCGCGAGUCCUUGUGCCGCCACAACGCCAAGUGCCAGCUAUCCCUCGAGGUGUUCGCCAACGACAAGGAGAUCUGUAUGAUCAAGGUAGAGAUCCAGGACAUCAACGACAAUGCGCCCUCCUUCCCUUCGGACCAGAUCGAAAUGGACAUCUCAGAAAACGCGGCCCCUGGCACCCGUUUCCCCCUCACCAGCGCACAUGACCCUGAUGCGGGAGAGAACGGGCUCCGCACCUAUCUGCUCACUCGCGACGACCAUGGCCUCUUUGCACUGGACGUCAAGUCCCGCGGAGACGGCACGAAGUUCCCGGAGCUGGUCAUACAGAAGGCGCUAGACCGCGAGCAACAGAACCACCACACGCUUGUACUGACUGCCCUGGAUGGCGGUGAGCCGCCACGCUCUGCCACCGUGCAGAUCAACGUGAAGGUGAUUGACUCAAACGACAACAGCCCGGUCUUCGAGGCACCCUCCUACCUGGUGGAACUGCCCGAGAACGCCCCACUGGGCACCGUGGUUAUCGAUCUGAACGCCACUGAUGCUGACGAGGGUCCCAACGGUGAAGUGAUCUAUUCCUUCAGCAGCUACGUGCCCGACCGCGUGCGGGAGCUCUUCUCCAUUGACCCCAAGACCGGCCUAAUCCGUGUUAAAGGCAACCUGGACUAUGAGGAAAAUGGGAUGCUGGAGAUUGACGUGCAGGCUCGAGACCUGGGGCCUAACCCUAUCCCAGCCCACUGCAAGGUCACCGUCAAACUCAUCGACCGAAACGACAACGCGCCGUCCAUUGGUUUCGUCUCCGUUCGCCAGGGGGCGCUGAGCGAGGCCGCCCCUCCCGGCACAGUCAUCGCCCUCGUGCGGGUCACUGACCGAGACUCGGGCAAGAACGGGCAGCUGCAGUGUCGGGUCCUGGGCGGAGGAGGGACCGGCGGCGGCGGGGGCCUGGGAGGUCCCGGGGGUUCCGUCCCUUUCAAGCUUGAGGAGAACUAUGACAACUUCUAUACGGUAGUGACUGACCGCCCGCUGGACCGCGAGACACAGGACGAAUACAAUGUGACAAUCGUGGCGCGGGACGGGGGCUCCCCUCCACUCAAUUCCACCAAGUCAUUUGCGGUCAAGAUCCUGGACGAGAACGACAACCCGCCUCGGUUCACCAAAGGACUCUACGUGCUUCAGGUGCAUGAGAACAACAUCCCAGGAGAGUACCUGGGUUCAGUGCUCGCCCAAGAUCCCGAUCUGGGCCAAAAUGGUACUGUAUCCUAUUCCAUUCUGCCCUCUCACAUUGGCGACGUGUCCAUCUACACCUAUGUGUCUGUGAACCCCACUAAUGGGGCCAUCUACGCCUUGCGCUCCUUUAACUACGAACAGACCAAGGCUUUUGAGUUCAAGGUGCUUGCUAAGGACUCGGGCGCGCCCGCGCACUUGGAGAGCAAUGCCACUGUGAGGGUGACAGUGCUGGACGUGAAUGACAACGCGCCGGUGAUAGUGCUUCCCACGCUGCAGAACGACACCGCUGAGCUGCAGGUGCCCCGUAAUGCUGGCCUGGGCUACCUGGUAAGCACCGUGCGCGCGCUCGACAGCGACUUUGGCGAGAGCGGGCGCCUCACCUACGAGAUCGUGGACGGCAACGACGACCACCUGUUUGAGAUUGAUCCAUCCAGCGGCGAGAUCCGCACGCUGCAUCCCUUCUGGGAGGACGUAACGCCGGUAGUGGAGCUGGUGGUAAAAGUGACCGACCAUGGCAAGCCCACCCUGUCUGCAGUGGCCAAGCUCAUCAUCCGCUCGGUGAGCGGCUCCCUGCCCGAGGGGGUACCCCGGGUGAAUGGCGAGCAGCACCACUGGGACAUGUCGUUGCCGCUCAUUGUGACCCUGAGCACUAUUUCCAUUAUCCUCCUAGCGGCCAUGAUCACCAUCGCUGUCAAGUGCAAGCGCGAGAACAAGGAGAUCCGCACUUACAACUGCCGCAUCGCCGAGUACAGCCACCCGCAGCUAGGAGGGGGCAAAGGCAAGAAGAAGAAGAUCAACAAAAAUGAUAUCAUGCUGGUGCAGAGUGAGGUCGAGGAGCGGAAUGCCAUGAACGUCAUGAACGUGGUGAGCAGCCCCUCCCUGGCCACCUCCCCUAUGUACUUCGACUACCAGACCCGCCUGCCCCUCAGCUCGCCCCGGUCGGAGGUGAUGUAUCUCAAACCAGCCUCCAACAACCUGACUGUCCCUCAGGGGCACGCGGGCUGCCACACCAGCUUCACCGGACAAGGGACUAAUGCAAGCGAGACCCCUGCCACUCGGAUGUCCAUAAUUCAGACAGACAAUUUUCCCGCAGAGCCCAAUUACAUGGGCAGCAGGCAGCAGUUUGUUCAAAGUAGCUCCACGUUUAAGGACCCAGAAAGAGCCAGCCUCAGAGACAGUGGGCACGGGGACAGUGAUCAGGCUGACAGUGACCAAGACACUAACAAAGGCUCCUGCUGUGACAUGUCUGUUAGGGAGGCACUCAAGAUGAAAACUACUUCAACUAAAAGCCAACCACUUGAACAAGCAUUCCCGACUUUGCUUUCCUUUGCUAUCCUCACCCUACACACCAUCACAAGUAGACUUCAGUCUGUUGAUCUGCUUCCUCCAGAACCAGAAGAGUGUGUUAAUUGCACAGAUGAAUGCCGAGUGCUUGGUCAUUCUGACAGGUGUUGGAUGCCACAGUUCCCUGCAGCCAAUCAGGCUGAAAACGCAGAUUACCGCACAAAUCUCUUUGUACCCACAGUUGAAGCUAAUGUUGAGACUGAGACUUACGAAACUGUGAAUCCCACUGGGAAAAAGACUUUUUGUACAUUUGGAAAAGACAAGCGAGAGCACACUAUUCUCAUUGCCAAUGUUAAACCUUAUUUAAAAGCCAAACGUGCCCUGAGCCCUCUCCUCCAAGAGGUCCCCUCAGCAUCAAGCAGCCCAACCAAGGCAUGCGUCGAGCCUUGCACCUCAACGAAAGGUUCCCUGGAUGGUUGUGAAGCAAAACCAGGAGCCCUGGCUGAAGCAAGCAAUCAGUACUUGCCCACUGACACUCAGUAUCUGUCGCCCAGUAAGCAACCAAGAGACCCUCCCUUCAUGGCAUCCGAUCAGAUGGCAAGGGUCUUCGCGGAUGUGCAUUCCAGAGGCAGCCGGGAUUCCAGUGAGAUGGGAGCUGUUCUGGAGCAGCUUGACCACCCCAACAGGGAUCUGGGCAGAGAGUCCGUGGAUGCAGAGGAAGUUGUGAGAGAAAUUGAUAAGCUUUUGCAAGACUGCAGGGGAAAUGACCCUGUGGCUGUGAGAAAGUGAAAAAAAAAAAAAAAAGGCAUUGGCAUCUUCUUGUCUCUUCUGUUGAUUUAAAAAUGAUCCCUGUUGGUGACAACCCAUUUUACAGGGAUGAAGAAAGACCAAUGCUGCUUUAAGGCUUUUAGUGAACAUCUGAAGUGCCCACAAGUAUGUUCUUUUCACUGCUGUUUCUUUUUCAGAGAUAACAAUGGUUUUGUUUUGGACAAACUUACAUUAGGACAAUUAUCGAUGCUUAAAGAGAAAAGAAAAAAAAGGGAGAAGAAAAAGGAGAGAAGAAAAAGGAAAAUGAGGAGGCGUGUUACCUUUUGACAAUCUGUUAGGAAGGUAUGCAGUGUGAGAAUUGAAGUAUUUCUGAUCACUCUAAGACUGUCCUCCGUGAUUUAUGCUGACAUAACUGUUUACCUAUAAACCCCAUACCAAGCAGGGUCAUAUUUGUGAUCUGUGGUGGAUUUCUAGCAGUCAUCACAGGCUUCUACUGAAAGUCCUGAAAAGACCUUGCAGUAGUCCAAGCUACACCAAACAUUAACACAUAUUUGUGGUAAACAUUUCUGUAUAAAGUUACCUGACACACAUAUAAACACAAAGAACAUUCCAUAUCAUUAGUCAAAAACAAAAACGAAAAAAAAAAAAAAAAAGCAAAAAAAAAAAAAACCUUGCUCAUUUGUAAGACACCUCAUGUUGUAUACAAGUUAAAUGUAAAAAGAUAUAGUCCAUUUUGUUCAGCACACACGUAGACUAAUUCACUUCAUUAAAGGAGAAGAAAAUUUAAAGAUUUAAAAUGCCUACUUAGCAUUUUAGUGUCCAAAAAGAUACAAAUAAUGAUGAGUAUGUUUUAAAUUUGACAUAGAAAAGUUCUGAAAAAUAGUUACCAUUGAGUUGUAAUAUUCAAAGAAAAUUAAUAAGAUUAAUAUGUUUUAUUCAUCUGUGGACACUAAAAUAGCUCAGGAAAGUGAAAAUGUCUUAGACAUAUACAAAUCACAUGACCAUUUAAAUGUGCAAAUGUAAGAAGAUUCAAUGUGUUUACAUCAAAUGACAUAUUUUUAUUGAUUUAUUGCAGAUUCAGUGCAUAUGAGCCAAAUUGUUGAGUGUAUAAGAGCUAUAUUGUGUAUUUUAUUAAAUUAAUAUAUAGUUGUGUUGCAAAAAUAUUUGGGCUUAUAUUGUAAAUGGCAAGUGUUGCCUCGGUAGCUGUCGAACUCUAUGAGUUUUGUUUUUUCCUGCUUCCUUUUCCCCAUGGAGUGUGGGAAGCAGUGCCUCAGAGCAAAGUCUCUUGUUUAAUGUAUAGUCUACCAAGUACUACAGUACAUAAUCUGUUCAAAAUGUGUUUGAGUGAGCUGAUGGAGCUAACUGAAAGGUCAAAAAAGAAAAAAAAAUACAUCCGUCACUCAUGGUUAUGUGCAAGUCCUUGUAGAAGCUUUUAUUAAAGUCAUGCUAAAUCACAAGAGUUACAUUUGUACCAAUACCUGAAACUUCUUCAUGAUUUUUCAAUAACAUACAGCUUCUGCCUAUGUAGAUAUCAUACCAUUGGUUGGUUCUCAAAAGUAUUUUAAGUGGUCUAGAUGUGUGUUCCCAUUAUAUUUCAAAUACAUGAAAAAUGCUUUAAUGCAUGUGUGGUACCAGCUCUGGUUACUUGCAUUGUGUAGUGUUUUUCAAGAGGUCUGAGUCUUAACAAAAUGCUUUUCCUUUAUCUCAAUGCUCCUCUGCCUCUUUUUAUUGGCGUCCUUUGAGAACAACACACCUUCUAUUCCUUCAUUUGCUUACACCUUUUCAUGUGACAUUUAGCGAGUUUCAAAUUUACUUCCUUAUGAGGCUAAGAAACCUCAAAUUUCAGGAAUUGGGAAAAAUAAAAUUAGCACUUGCAGAAGUAGCAGCAGAUGGGAAAAUGCCUUGAUUGACAUUUUCCUUCAGCAUUUAAAAUUUUUGGCAUUUUACAGCUUCAUGACAAACAAUUUCGUGCCCAUACCUUAGAAAAUGUGGUGCUGAGUUAAAUAAAGGCUGUUUGUGCACUGGAGCAGAAAAAUGCAUUAUUUGCAAACUGGUGGAGAAUUCUGUGCCUUCUUUUCUGGCCACCAAGCCAGUGUAGAAACAGCAUAAAUGUCAUAAAAUCCUUAUAUUAAAAAUAAAAACAAAAGCAAAAACAAACAUUACCUAAAUUAAGUUUUAUAAUUUUAAAUCUCAAAAAAUUCUACUGAAAAUAUUUCCAUCAAACACUGUCAAGAUUUUAGACUGUACCUCAUUUGCAAAACUGCUUUGAGAGGGAAGAGUGGACAACUCCCAUCAGCCUUAUUCUCUUGAGAACUAUAUUUUGGUUCCUAGUAACAGCCUUUCCAAAGCUCUACUCUUGGUUUUUAUUAUUCGUAAAUGUUCAAAUUAGAAAAGAAGGGAUCUUGUACAUGUGAAACCUAAUAUUUUGGACGAUUUAUGUAUCUGAAAUGUGUUGUCUCUGUUACAUGAUGUUAUUUUCGCCAGGAGACUACAGGUUGAUUUAGCUUGAUAGCUGAAAUUUGAUAAAAAACUGAUUUCCAUUUAGUCUUACCAAAUGUUGCCUCUCUCUUACUAGACAUAUAACCACUUAGUACAAUCUAAAGCAGUAUGUAAAUGAAAUCAACAAAGAGAGUAAGGUUUAUUUUUAAAACAUUAUUAACGUUAAGUAACCAGUUGUUCAAUUUAUUAUAUGUAUCUGAAGACAUUAAAACACCAUAAGAUUUUAAGAAUUUGUUGUGCCAACGUGUGAGGGAUUUACCUUUAGGCUCUCUGUCACCAGUGGUUUACUAGUGUUAGCUGUUUAACACAUUAUCUGUAUUUAGUAGUGAUUAUUUAUUUAUAAGUUUGUGGUAAUUCAGCAGUCAGGACUCUAAGCUUUUAUAGUUGAAUUGAGGGAAUCUCACUAUUAUUCAUUUGGCUGGCAACUGCCUUUAUCACAGACCUCUGGUGCUUGGCUUUCAAGGAAGCCUAUGAGAUGCCAAAAUUGCACCUUUAGGGAGCAACUUGCUCUAAUAGGUGGUGUAUGAUCAAACAGUGAGAUUUGAAGGGGUUUCAGCAUAAUUUAGAAUGUGAAAAAAUGUCUUAAUUCACAUCUUUCCAAUACUAACCCCUAGAAAAAAAUCCCACACAUUCAAAAUAAAUAAUGUGAUAUCACAUUGUCUUUUAGGUCUUUAAGUAACUGAAUCAAGCACAGGAAAAAAAAAAUCAGCUCAUAGAAAUUUUAGUAAGAAACCCAAAGUUGUAAAAUCUGCUUACUGAUGAACUAAAAAUUAAAAAUCAGUAACAAAAUAAUCUGUUCAUCAGAUGUUAAUGGUGAAAAAUAUUUUCAUCAAAGUUAAAAGUAGUGAGAAUCAGUGUUAGUUAUACCUAUACCAAAGUAAACAUUAAAGAGACAUAUCAUGCAAUUUCAAAGAAUACUUUCAUGUCAUUUCUAAACCUGACAUUCUUAUUGCAGCAAAUGUACAAAGAUUGGCUCACUACUCCGUAAAUUAAUUGAAUUCCUGCUUGGGAAAUUAACUUGUUUUAUUUUCCAAAAUUAGCUGAGAUCUUCUAAAACAUGACUUCCCUUUAAAGGAUAUAGACACUGCUCAAUUUAAAAUAUGACACCAUUAAAAAAAAGUCAUGUAGUAAUAGAGCAGUAUGCUUUUAUAAAACCAGGUUAAAAGCUGUUUGUUGUCUAAUGGAGUAGAAGUUACUAAGGUCAACAAAUAGACAAGUCUGGCAUAAUAUAUGCCCACUCAUUAUUGUCUAAUUAUAUUCUUUUGACAACAGACAGCAUUUAUCAGAGUAUUAAUUCAAAUAAGAGUUUUGGCUAUCAAGAAGUGUUGAUUUGAAACGUAAUUGAAUGAGACCUGAUUAAAGUCUGACUUUCCUGGCCCCAGUGUUUGCAGGUUGGCUAUUCCCAUUUAUCAGCCCCAUCACUCCAUAAGGUUCUUAGUUGCACCAAGCUAUUGGUGAACAAGGACAACAACAACAAAAACAGAAUACAUUGUAUGGAUUUAUCUCAACGCUAUUGUUUAAUGGCUGUGUUUAAUGUGACCUAUAUGGAAAAUGAGGACUCCGAAUAAAAAGCUAUUACUAAUA